AUGCGAGUAUCUGUCAUUCAGGAUCUCAAGGAAGAUGAAAAUGACGAUGGGGAAGAAGAAGAAGAAAAGGUCUUCCUCAAGCCUGUUAUUGAGGACAGAAAUAUGGAAUUGGCCCGAAAGUGCAGUGAAAUGAUAAGUGAUAUACACUAUAAAGAAGAGUUUAAAAAAUCUAAGGGCAAGUGUAUAUUUGUACCUGACACCCCACAGCUAAAACACGUGAAAAGUCUCGGUGCUUUUAUUUCUGAGGUAAAGUACAAAGGAGCUGCUAAGAAAGACCUUUCGAACUCUCUUUAUCAGCAGAUGCCAGCCACAAUUGACAGCGUAUUUGCAAAAGAGUUAACACAACUUCAGAGCAAGGUUCUCUAUAAACAAAAACAUGAUGCUGAGAAAGGAACUUCAGAUUAUGCACAUAUGAAAGAGCCUCCAGAUAUUAAGCAUGCAAUGGAAGUCAAUAAAUACCAGAGUGAAGUAUCCUAUAAGAAGGAUGUGCAAGAUACUCACAGAUACACUGAAGUGCUGAACAGGCCAGACAUAAAGAUAGCAACUGAGAUAACAAAGAUAAUAAGUGAUGCUGAGUACAAGAAAGGAAGGGGAGAUAUGAAUAAGGAGCCUGCUGUACUUGGAAGACCAGAUUUUGAACAUGCUAAAGGAGUUUCAAAACUGUUAAGCCAAGUGAAAUACAAAGAGCAGUUCAAUAAGGAAAUGAAGAGCCACCAGUACAAUCCUCUUGACAGUGCUUCCUUCAAGCAAGCACAGAUUGCAUCCACCUUGGCAAGUGAUGUAAAUUACAAGAAAGAUUUGGAAAGCCUACAUGAUCCAGCCUCUGAUCUACCAAACCUGCUAUAUUUAAACCAUGCUUUAAAUAUCAGCAAAACGCACAGUGAUUAUAAAUAUAAGAAAUCAUUUAAACAAAGCAAGGGCUUCUAUCAUUUCACUCUGGAUACAGCUGAACAAAUCCAUCACAAAGAAAAUGCAGUGCUUCAAAGUCAGGUCAAGUACAAAGAGAAUUAUGAAAAAUCUAAAGGCAAAUCAAUGCUGGAGUUCGUGGAUACACCAAUGUAUCAAGUUUCAAAAGAGGCUCAAAAGAUGCAAAGUGAGAAAAUGUAUCGCAAAGAUUUUGAAGAAGAGAUCAAGGGAAGACCCUCACUGGACUUAGACAAGACCCCAGAGUUCUUGCAUAUAAAGCAAGUCACUAACCUUCUGAAAGAGAAAGAGUAUAGAAAAGAUUUGGAAGAAGGGAUGAAAGGAAAAGGAAUGACAGUGUUUGAAGAUACACCAGAUUUGAUUAGAGUGAAAAAUGCAGCUCAGAUACUAAAUGAGAAACAAUACAAGAAAGACCUGGAAACUGAAAUUAAAGGGAAGGGCAUGGAAGUUGGUCCAGAUACUCCUGAGAUAAAACGAGCCAAGAAAGCUUCUGAAAUUGCAAGCAUGAAAGAAUACAAGAAAGACUUGGAGAAUGAAAUUAAAGGAAAGGGAAUGGAAGUGGGCAUAGAUACACUUGAUAUACAACGAGCUAAAAAAGCUUCUGAAAUUGUAAGCCAGAAAAAAUAUAAAAAGGAUCUGAAGACUGAAAUUAUAGGAAAAGGGAUGCAAGUUGGCCCAUAUACUCCUGAAAUACAACGGGUUAAAAGAGCUUCAGAAAUAGCAAGUCAGAAAAUGUAUAAAGGUGAAGCAGAGAAAAUGCUUGGUAACUAUUCUACUGUCCCAGAUACUCCAGAGAUGGAGAGGAUAAAAAGUACUCAGAAAAACAUCAGUUCAGUGUUUUAUAAGACAGAAGUAGGAGCUGGCACGGCUGUAAAAGAGACUCCAGAGAUUGAAAGAGUAAAGAAAAAUCAACAGAAUAUUAGUUCGAUUAAAUACAAGGGAGAAAUUCAGCAUGCAACAGCUAUUUCUGAUCUACCUGAACUAAGGAGAGUUAAGGAAAACCAGAAGAAUAUUAGCAAUGUUAAGUACAAAGAGCAGCUCUGCAAAGCUACGCCUGUGACUGUCACCCCUGAGAUUGAGAGAGUCAAGAGGAAUCAAGAGAAUGUCAGCAUGGGAAAGCAGCCUGGCAAAGCUACUGCUGUGAGUGUCACUCCUGAGAUAGAGAGAGUCAAGAAGAAUCAAGACAAUAUCAGCUCGGUUCACUACAGAGAGCAGCCUGGCAAAGCUACUGCUGUGAGUGUCACUCCUGAGAUAGAGAGAGUCAAGAAGAAUCAAGACAAUAUCAGCUCGGUCAAGUACAGCAGUGAUCAGAGGCAGAUGAAAGGUAGACGUAGUGUGCUUCUAGACACACCUGAGCUAAGACAUGUCAAAGAAACACAAAACAACAUCUCAAUGGUUAAAUACCAUGAAGAUUUUGAGAAGACAAAGGGCAGAGGCUUCACCCCAGUGGUAGAUGAUCCUGUAACAGAGCGGGUGCGGAAAAACACCCAAAUUAUGAGUGAUGCAGCAUAUAAAGGUGUGCAUCCACAUAUCGUUGAAAUGGAUAGAAGACCUGGAAUCAUUGUUGAUCUAAAAGUUUGGCGCACAGAUCCUGGCUCCAUCUUCGACAUUGAUCCCCUGGAAGACAAUAUUCAGUCUAGGAGUCUGCAUAUGCUUUCUGAAAGAGCAAGCCGAUACAGUAAGCAGUAUUUACGUUCUACCAGUUUGGGAGAUUAUAAAUCAGAUGGCUCUGACACGAACCCUACCUUUUCUUACUGCAGUGAGAUAACAAGGCCGUCUGAUGAAGGAGCCCCUGUUCUCCCUGGGGCAUAUCAGCAAAGCCAGUCCCAAGGCUAUGGGUACAUGCACCAGACCAGUAUGUCAUCCAUGAGGUCCAUGCAUUCACAGCCUCAUUCAGCAAGUCUGAGAACAUACAGAGCUAUGUAUGACUACAGUGCUCAAGAUGAAGAUGAAGUUUCCUUCAGGGAUGGUGAUUAUAUCAUCAAUGUGCAACCAAUUGAUGAUGGUUGGAUGUAUGGUACUGUUCAGAGAACUGGGAAAACAGGAAUGCUUCCAGCAAAUUAUAUUGAGUUUGUUAACUAA